AUGGCAACCGCUUCGGUGUCAACCCCACUCAAGAGUCACCACGGCAUCUUCUCCACACGCACAGCUGGCGGACGUAUACCACUCACACCGUCACCACGCACAAGAACAACAAGCCUUGCCACCAAUGUCUCAAGUACCUCGUCUCCGUUUACACCUCCUCGCCAGACAACCGAGUCGACUCGCAUAGUCUCGCAGUCAGCAUUUGGCAAUGUGACUUCCUACUUUUCAAGAUCAACUUCUAGGAAUACUUACCGAGACUCACCAAAGUCAAAUAUUGCCAAAGCGAAGAAAUCCCCCAAGCACCUCGAGCUUGGUGUCUCGGACUGGACGUUGACCGGGACUGGGACGACCGUUGGGCAGACGCCAUCAAAGAGUGCCAGCCGAAAGAAAGGUCCACUUCGAACGAGAUCAGGCAAGACUACAGUCCGCCUUGAAGCUGGAGAUCGCUUUAUCCCUAAUAGAAAUGCAAGCGAGGGCAUAGUCACAGCUGGUUCUGGCAAGCUUGAUGAAAGCCAUCGACCAAAGGCUAGCAACGGUGAGGGCUCAACAGUUCUGGCGAAUGCUGUCAGUGCAUUUGAUCUUGGUGGCCUUGCUGCAGAGGAUGAUGCCACAGUAGCGCUUGAGGGGCUUAACUUAGGAGACGGUGACGAGACUUCUUCGUACACAAAGCCUGCUCCAGAUACCCUAGCGUACGAAUCGUCAUUAGCAACCGCAUGUGGUGUUUCACUUAAUACCCGCAUCCUCGCCUUCAAGCCCGCACCACCGGAGUCGUCAAAGCCGAUAGAUCUCCGGUCACAGUACAAUCGUCCACUAAAGCCUGCCAAUGCAGCUUCUGCCCAAUUCCGACGAAGAGUACUCACUGCCCCUGAGCGAGUCUUAGACGCCCCUGGUCUCGUCGAUGACUACUACCUCAACCUCCUGGACUGGAGUUCUGGCAACCAAGUAGCAAUUGGGCUCGAGCGCAAUGUCUACGUCUGGUCUGCUGAAUCUGGCACAGUCAGCUGCUUGCUGGAGACCGCUGCAGAUACUUAUGUCAGCAGCGUAAAAUGGAGUGGAGACGGUGCUUAUGUUGGAGUUGGUCUUGGCUCAGGCGAGGUGCAGAUCUGGGAUGUGGAAGAAGGCACCAAGCUUCGGAGCAUGCAUGGUCAUGAUACGCGCGUUGGAGUCAUGGGCUGGAACAAGCACAUCCUAUCGACUGGUGCGAGAAGUGGCUUGGUAUACAAUCACGAUGUCCGCGUCGCCCAACACAAAGUUGCAGAACUUGUCUCCCACACAUCUGAGGUCUGCGGUCUUGAGUGGAGAGCGGAUGGUGCCCAGCUUGCCACUGGCGGCAACGAUAAUCUUGUUUCAAUCUGGGAUGCUCGGUCUCUAGGUGCACCUAAAUUUCAGAAGACAAACCACCGCGCGGCAGUCAAAGCUCUGAGCUGGUGCCCAUGGCAGCCAAACCUGCUAGCUACUGGCGGAGGCUCGUACGACAGACACAUUCAUUUCUGGAACACAACAACAGGUGCCCGGACGAACAGCAUUGAUACCGGCUCACAAGUGACGAGCCUUCGUUGGAGCAACCACUACAAGGAGAUUGUCAGCUCCAGCGGCUUCCCUGACAACUCCCUCAGCAUCUGGAGCUACCCAACCUUGGUCCGGAACGUCGAGAUACCAGCACACGAAACAAGAGUCCUUCAUAGCUGCUUGAGCCCCGAUGGCCAAAUGCUGGCAACAGCGGCUGCGGACGAGAGCCUCAAAUUCUGGAAGAUCUUUGAGAAGAAGCCUGGAUCUGCAUCAGCGAUCUCGAGGGAAGGUGGCGUGACCGGCAAAGGAGGUGACAUGGUGAAGCAGAUGACGAUACGAUAG